GUUUUGAGGGAGCUGAGGAUGUCCUUUUUGUCUUGUGUUGUUAUCAUGCAAAGAAAGGCACAUAUGCCUUCCCUUUCCUUCCCCUUUUCAAAAAAUUUGGUGCCUUUUAGCCUCACAGCUUUGCAUUGCCUUUUCAUUGCACUAAAGUUUAAAGCAAAACACAAAUUUUCCCUUUGAUUACGCUGUUAAACCGUGUUUUUGCAACAAUUUGGGUUGUGUGUGAGAUAGGGAGAGGAUUGGAGAGAGAUUGUUGGAAUGAUUAUGGGUUGACAUUUUGGGGGCAAAGCAUGGGUUGGUGCGAUCAUGGGCUUAAACCUUUAAUCAUGAUUUUGCUUUAAUCUUUUUUGCUUUUGGUUUAGAAAGGGCAAGAGAAUCUGAUCCCCUCCCAUUUUGUUUGUCUCUGAUGAGAAUAAGGCGUAGGCAAUGCAUUCCUUCUUGCUCCUCUCAUCACAGAGUUGAUGAAGAUGAAGUUUAUUGGAGACACAAGAAGGCCAGUGAAGAGUUGGCAUGGUCUCAUAAUUCUGCUCACGUAGGAACACAGCUAGCUCGAUGUUUUGCUAAUGCUAUGGUUGGACCACGAUCAUGGAUAGGAGGGAUCUUUAGCCGCUCAGGCAAUAGACGUUAUGGAAGUGGCAAGUUCAUUGACUUUUCUUUGAGUCCUCUUCAGCAGGAACAAAGACUUCAACAACUUCAGGAGCGUUUGCACGUACCUUUUGACGAGACUCGUGCUGACCAUCAGGAAGCUCUUAGAGACCUGUGGUUUGCAGCCUUUCCGAAUGUCGCUCUUAAAGGUUUGAUUUCUGAACAAUGGAAAGAUAUGGGCUGGCAGGGUCCUAAUCCAUCAACCGACUUUAGGGGUUGUGGUUUUAUUUCGCUCGAGAAUUUGCUGUUUUUUGCAAGGAAUUAUCCGGCUUCUUUUCAUAGGUUAUUGUUCAAGAAAGGAGGGAAACGAGCAACCUGGGAAUAUCCCUUUGCUGUUGCCGGCAUUAAUGUAUCAUUCAUGUUGAUUCAAAUGCUGGAUUUGUACUCAGCAAAACCAAGAUGUCUCCCAGGAAUCAAUUUUGUUAGAUUAUUAGGAGAUGAUGAAGAAGCCUUUGAUGUUCUAUAUUGUAUAGCUUUCGCAAUGAUGGAUGCUCAGUGGCUUGCUAUGCGUGCUUCAUAUAUGGAAUUUAAUGAGGUUCUAAGAGUAACGCGGACACAACUGGAGAGAGAACUAUCGCUAGAAGAUGUAAAUCGGAUACAAGACCUACCAGCUUACAACUUGUUGUACUACUAGUUUUGCUUAUAUCUAGGCACUAAAAGCCUCCAGUCGUUCGCUUGGGUUUGGACACCUGUGCAAUGAGUGAAGACAUCUCCAUAAUGAAGGCUAUCUUGAAGUCCACUGUUGAUCGAAAAAGAACAAAAAAAUGUACAAUCCCGAUCAUGUUCUCGGGUAUACUAACUUUGGAAUUUUAGUGCUGAAAUUUGUAAAUUAAGGAAGGCUGGAAUUGGAGAACAUUGACGACUAUUGGUGGACUUUAGCAGAUUCAAUCAAAAUGCAGAUCGAAUAGUUUUAAA